GGACCGUUGGUUUAGUAACGGUAUCGUGCAUAAUAUGAAUAUUUUUUGUCUACAAUAAUGUCAAGUAUAAUUUAUUCUUGGGUGUCACAUGAGUUGAACCUACAUGGUCAGCCACUGGAGAAGUUAUUUGCAAACGGUUACUUUUUGGGAAAACUUUUGCACAAAUAUAACAAAUUUCAGAAAUUCUAUCUCCUGAAAAAUUCCAGGUAUAAGUGACUUUUCUAACUUCCAUCAAGCUCGCCGGAAUCGAUCAUUCAAAAUUAUUCCUACCUCCGAUCAGCACUCCACGAAAUGGGAAUAAAUAUUGAUGCACACCUAAGCCAUGACAUAAUCACCGAAAAACCUGGUAGUAUACACCAAGUUCUGUACCAGAUUUACGUUAUUUUAAGUGGUGUGGAUGGUUUCAACCGAUGUGAUACCAUCGACUUCAGUAAUUUCGAGCAUACACAACUGAAUACUCUCCAAAAUCUAUCUUACAAGAACGUGAGUGGUUAUAUCUAUGAUUAACAGACCACGAUGAGUUUUAUUUAGGCUUUUGGGGUCUAUGAAAUAUCUAAAAUGCUGGUAUAGCCAUAUAGUUAUUAUAUUUAUAUCAUCUACAUUAAUAAGGAUUAAAAAACCGAACACUUUAAUUCGCAUGAAUAUUUUUAAUAUUAUGCAUGUCUUUAACCUGACAAGAGGACUUAACAGAAUUUUAAUUUUGGAUUUAGCUAGGUGACGGCUAACACAUGAGACGGUGAAAUAAUUUAUUCAUAACUAAACCCCAAUAUGACACUGUACAUCGGAAAAACCUGUAAAUCUACCUUUUAAAAUUGAAUAAUAUGGUUUUGAAGAUAUUUGGAAAAAAAGACCAUAUAUAGCUGUGUUGAUAUUGGCAAAAAACUGAUGAAACGAAAUAUAACGUGUGAGAAUAAAUCGAACGAGACCUUUUCGAUUAACACCGUCCGCUAUAUAUAUCUUACAGACUAAAUAUUAAUGUUUCAUCAAACUACUAUUAGAGUAUGGUUAGUCAAAGAGUACUUAGACGUUAGCUUUAUCAAUAGGUGAUCGGACUCAUUCCUUCAGGUGUUUAUUCUGAGGUUGUUUCAUAGAUGCAUCUCACUGCUCUAUCGUCUUGUACACUUCAAACCGAGUUACAUUUUCUCAUUUUGCCUAUUGUUGAGUACGGAUCUCAAAAAUCGCUUUGUUAAGUUUCUUAUAAUUCAGGUCUUUACAGCAUUUUCAUAAGCCAUGCAACAGAGAAUAGUAGCCAGCUUAUGAGUCGAUCUAGACUAAUUAUUUGUAGUGUUUUAUAUUUCACUACGACAUCCAAAAUAAGCUCUGUGUAUGAAAUCCAGAGACUAUAUGGUCCAGUAUAUUAUACCUUCCCAAAAACAAACACACAGCUUUAAAAAUAUUUUGACUGUAGUUGAUAACAUCACAGCGAUUGGUGAUUACAUUGUUGUAGUUUUAGAUACGUAAUAACUGUUCACAGAUGAUAGUGACAGUCAUAUCACGACUUCAUAAUCCCUAAUAAACAACAGCUGGUCCACCUGGUAUCCGUAAUAAACACCUCGACCAACUCCUACUUUAAAUCAAUUUGUUUCUGUUUCUGAAAUCGGUUUUGUUGGUAGAGAUUUUCCGUUGCGAUUGAAAUUGAAUUUAAAGUUUAUGAACCUCUUGUUGUAAUUUCAGAAACGGCUAGUUAUACUAACUCUUUUCGUUCCGUAUGCGCUUAUUUAUGCGUUUGUGAAACUGUUCUAACUGAAGCAUGAGUAACUAUUGAAGGAAAGUGAUUUAAACAUUAAUUGACUGACUGUCAUACGGGAACAAAUAUUUUAGUGAAUAUAAGGCAAAACAACAUGUGCUUUGCAAUAUUUAGAUUGUUUGAUAUUGGUUCGUGUAUAAUAUAAUUAACCAAUGUUUUCAUUAGAUAAAUAUGCAAAAUUUUCACGCAAAAUUUAAAGCUGAACUAUAUUUGAAACAAACGAAGGUAAUUGCUUUUACUGGAACAGUUGUAGAAUAGACAAUAUAAAGUAAAAACCGGCAGAUCAAGUUUGACAGCGUAUGAAUAUUUACAAAUUUUGUCUAUCUCAGUGUUCAGAAAUGAUAUGUAUCCAGAAUUACUAAAUCUCCACUAGUCCAUGACCUCAAACAUAAUACCUUUGGUUUUGUGAUUCAGUAUAUGUACAAAAGAGUGAGAACGGCAAAUUACAAUAUAAAGACACUUAAAAAGCUGGUUUUAUACUUGUAAAUUACUCAAGGAUUUACUAAAAAUCAGAAUUUGUUUAGAAGUCAAAACCUAUUUGAGCAGUAAUCAGUUGAGACAGUGUAUAAGUAUCACAUAUGACAGUAAAACUUAAGUACCAUGUCAUAAAUAAUGGGUAAACAAUACAGACUGAUUGACAUUUUAAAGGUAGAAAUAUUGACAGAAAUAUUCACACGCUUAGUCUCUAACCAUUUCUACGGAUUUUGAGAGUGACGAAUUUUUUACCAAAAGCACAAACCCCGCUAUCACAGAAGAUUAUGGGGGAGCACGGUUAGUCGAAAAACAGGUUCUGGUGGUAUUCAUAAUAAAAAUCAAGCUGAUUAUUGCUAUACAAGAAGUCAUAUAAUCCAAAAUCCUUAAAACUGAAGAGCGAAUUGAAAAAAGUUGCUUUAUUUAGUUUAAAUAAGUUCUCGCAUAGCUGUGUAACCAAGGGAAAUCGGCUAUUUAAUAUGUAGCUCAAAACUAACCCCAGUUUAACCAGUUAUUACGGGCUCACUUUAGUUUUUUGUGCCCUUAAACAGAUAUGUGCUGUAAAGGCGUAUUUAUAGAUGUUUAAGCAUUCCAUCACCCAAAAUAUAUAGAAUAAUAUGAUUACAGUCGGGUUGUAGGGUAAUUCUAUUUAGCACUCCAGCAAAUGUGCUUGCAAAUUUCAUUGAAAUGUGGUUUCAUAAUGCUGUACUCUGAAAAAGGGCCGAUAAAGUCAUCACUUUUAUAACUGUGGACGGUUCCUCAGAUUACCUAAUGAUCCCAACUGCCACUGUUUCGUCUUUUGAAAUAUCAUAAAGUGGACACUUAAAGGAUAAUGUCUAAAGAACAGUAUUGUGCGAAUUGUAUACAAAAUUAUAACUACAGUCAAAUGUGUAAUUGCGUACUGACGAACCAGAUGGAUAAUCUUGCAUUUUAGUUUUUAACUAAAAGGCAAAGAGGGUUAUAUUAAAUAAAAUACCUGCAACACGUUUUAAAAAGAUUACGAUUAUCUUUAAGUCAUUCAAGCCUAAAUUUUAAAAUUUUCUGCAUCAUUGCCUUGAUGAAUUCAUAUUAAUUGCCAUUUCUGUAACACGUUAGGAACAUUUAUAGGAUUUUUAUGAAGGGUCAUAACUUAACGAUAGUUUAUCUAAAAUGUGGUGAACUUUAAUCACUGUGUGAGGAUUUCAAUCAUUUUUUUCAAUCUAUAAACCAGUAAACUUAUAUAUGAAUGAAUAAAAGGUAGUCAAAGGGUUUCUGAUAAUCUGACUAUGACCUCUUUUGAACUCCAGAAUGUAACGCGGAACAUGGUACACAACAAUGCAACGGACUCGUCAAUUAGGAUAUACUUAUCUGUGUAACACUCAAUAUUUUUCUGUGCAACAAUUGGCAAAACUUUACAUAUUUGUAAGGUUUGGAAUAACUUGAUAAUUCUUCGCCGACUGUAAACAAAGUUUGAGAUCAUCCGGAUAUCCUGAGCAAUUGAGAAUUAGCUUUGAAGUUAUUACCCACGAACCAACUGAGAGUUGUUUCCAACAAAUUACACGUCAUAAUAGUGAAAAGCUUCUAUUAUAAUUCAUAACGUACUUAAUUUAGAGAGUUCAUAAUAGUUGGCACUUUGCACAUAUCAUAAUAUGAGUUGUAAAAAAACUUGAGGAAACUGGAAACGACAUACUAAUGUUUACUCAAUAUUUACACUAUCAGCGUUCUUUAUUUUUACAUGAUUAGAACAAAACGCAAAUGUAAUGGUUCAAAGCAAAUUGAAUUAUAUUCCCACUGAGAAACUCAUAUGUGGCAAGAAUUUUGUGAUUAAGGAUUAAAUUUUGCAUCGAUAUAUGUUUAUUUCAUGUUUUAAGUCGUUGGCAUCACGGGAUUGUAUUAGUUGAACUAGUCCUUUUAACCAUUCUGUUAAUGUUGGUAAUAGAGUAGAUUGUAUUCAAGGACAAUUGCGUAUGUUUGACAGAAGCAGAAAAUAUUGCUCAUUUCAAACUGCCGAAAUAGUGCAGAGAUACUACUUAGUUGUAUUUUUAACUAGUUUUUAAUUUUAGAUAUGCUGUUUUUUUAAUUUGAUCGUCCUUAUGUUUAAAAAGCAACUAAAGCAACUCAUUCCGAGACAAUCCGAUGUUAGUUUGGCGCAAAUUCUGUCACGUUAUGAACGACAACUGAAAAUAAAUGAGAAGCGAAUUAAAGAGGCUGAUUUAAUGGACACAUUAGAGAAAGAUGCUCUCGUCCAAAAACGUCGAAAUUCAAGACUUCAAAGAAGUCGUGACUUGCGUAUGAUGCAAUCUGAAUUAAUGGCCAAAUUAGAAGCAUCUAUCAUCAAUUUACCAAGAUCUGUUCGGAACAAACUAACAACUAAAAGCAUGGACAGGCAACAAUCCAAGCAAACACAUACAAAUAGUGUCAGUUUAAAAGAAUUGGAUGAAUUUGACUCGCGUAAAGAGAAAUGUGAACUGUAUAACGGCGAUGUAUCAAAAACAGGAGAUAAAUCUAGCGAACAAUUAAGUCCAAAUUUAACACUUAACACCUCAACAGACGAUUUUAAUAAGGCGACAAUGAAUUAUAUGAAACAAAUUCAUAAAAGAGUUCACGAAGAAAAAAAAGCAAUAUGUGAGCGUCAAAAAAGAAGGAGACGAGUUAUUAUGGAUAUACUGGAAGCAAAUCACAUUCGACAAGAGGAAAUCAGAUCAGAGCAAAUUGUGCAACGAUUAUCACGUCAGUCUCACUUAGAAAGUCGUAUUUCUGUACAAUUAGAACAAAUUAAACAAGAAAAAUCAAUAAUUUUGGAAAAUCGUCUUGAACGAGAGCGACAAUAUGAAACUAGAAGAGAAUUAGAGUUUCAAUUAGCAAUGGAUCAUGAAAGAGAAAUGCUGCUUCAACAAAAAAAGGAAGAAAAAGAUAAACUUACAAUAUUAAAACAACUUUGGUUUGAACAAAAAGCUAAACGACAACAAGCUUCUUAUAAGCGUCAUUAUGAAUUUAUUCAAAACGAUAUCAUACCAUUAUUAUUACAAUUUGUUAUGAAUGUUGCUGAAUAUCGGAUGUUCACAGGGAAGCUAAUUCCAUUAAGGCUUUUCCGUCAAUGGAAAAUCGAAUUCGUAAACGGUCUGUUAGUGAACGACACAUCAUCAACAGAGGAUCAGGCAGACGAUCCUGUUGAAGAAGAAAUGUCGAAUGUGGCUAACCAACUUAAAUUAGAAAAGAAUCAAAUCAUCGAAGAUCAACAACAAUUACUAGAUGAUUGUGAUUUGGAUGAGUAUCAAAAUCUUACUGGCGAUUGGGACCUAGAAAAAAUUGGUACACUCUCUAUGAAAUCAUUGCCGAAUGACUUAAUUCCGCAUGUACAAGGUAAACCAGUUGAAUGGAUCGACUUCAAAGAUGAAUGUAAAACAAACGAAUUCAAACUACCAAAUGAUAUCAAUCUAAUAAAAACCAAUCCAGUUUUAGAAUGGAUAAUUAAACGUUUAUAUAAACUUAAUUUUCCUCCAACUACUGAAUCAAAUAAAGCAGAUUUACCGGAAUUCCCGAUUAAAUUAGCACUACUUGGUAAACCUUUAUGUGGCAAAACAACUAUAAUAAGCCAGUUAGAAAAGAAUAAUAGAUGUGUUGGAAUCAAUCCAUACAAACUUAUAGAAGAGGCAUUAAAAGCUUAUGAAACUAAAGAAACUGACGAAUGUUCCAAUACACCCAUUGAAAGUUCUAAAUUAGCUGAAACAGAAACCUCUUCAACGGUCACACUGUCAGCUAAAGCGAAACUCGGUGAAAUGUUAUGGAAUGAACUAAAAGUUGGAAAAGAAAUCUCCGAUGAUCUUUUAGUUGACUUAGUAUACGCAAAAGUCAAAACUCUUGAACCAACAACUGGUUUUAUACUAGAUGGAUUUCCAACAAAUUAUAAUCAAGCUAAAUUGCUGGAACAAAAAUUAACCGGAAACACAACGGCAACGGAUAACAACUCAUCGAAAAACAUUUCACUACUUCUAGACGUACAAAACCCAACAGAUUCGAAGUUAAACAAUGGUUUAGAUUUGAUUAUUUUACUAGAUAUAUCAGAUGAAUUAAUUUUAAAACGUAUAGCACAUACAACAUUAUCCAAAACAGUAUUGAAUGAUUCUUUGACAAAAUAUACAACCGCUGAAGAAAUACCAUACAAUAACCAAGUUGAUAUACAAACGAAUACAUCAUCUAAUCAAAUUCAUUCUAUGUAUAUUAAUUCAGAAAUGGACGAAAAUCAGAAUUCAACUUAUUCCAAUAAUUUUAAUUAUUCUUCAUACAUUUUACAAGAAACACAGGGUAAUAUACCGGAACGGUUAGUUAAUUUCAUUCAAUCUUGGCCAAAAUUGUAUAAAUUUUAUCAAAAACAAAAUUCAAAUUUACGCGUUGUUCAUUUAACAGAUUUAUUACAUAAUACAAAAUUUUAUCAUUAUGAUUUAGAAAAUAAUGAUGAAUCGAUGAAAUUAGCUGUUUAUUUAGAAAUUGAAAGACAAAUUGAAGAAUUUAUAAAACAUAAAGAAAACAUCUCUUUAAUUAAAACAAAGCCUAUUGAACAGAUGGAAUUCACUGGAAACGAUCCAACCGUUGUAAUAAAUGUUGGUGAAAAUACUGAGAAGGAGAAUGAUGAUGAGAAAGAGACAGACAGUAGACGUACAUUGUUUGCAAGUUCUACCAUAGGAUCAACUGAUAAUGAUGAUCAAAAUGAACAUAUUAAUAAAAAAUCAGAUUUACAGGAUUAUAACAUAAAAGACGACAAGUUGAAAGCUAGAGAUGGUAGCACUAACUCACUACGUUCGAUUCAACGUCCUGUAACAGCUAAAACUUCAUCUAGUGGUAAAAACUCUACAACUUCUAGGCAAAGUAAUCGUAGUAAAAAAGAGGGAAGUGCUGAAAGUCAAAGAAAAACAGUGGGAAGUAGAUCUCCAUCAGCAGGACGAAGUACCAAAGACAGACGAAUAAAUUCAAAUGAUCGUGACAAACAAUUGGAAUCAGUUCAAAAAGAUAAAGCAAGGAGUCGUUCUGGUAGCGAAAAGAAACAAUCAAAGAAAACGAAGUUGAAAUCUACUGAUUCACCUCAAUCAAUUAAGGAAAAUAAUAAAGAACAAACUGUUACUUCACAGCCAGAUUUGCCACAACCUGGUGAUGAAAAUUAUCAAUUCGUCGAGUUGCCAGUUAUGAAUGAAUCCGCCCAUAUAUUAUGGAAAUUAUGGGAUAGCACGGAAACUAUAUACAAUCAGAAUUUGAAGUUGAUUUUCCGCCAAAUGCGUUAUCUAAAUUCAAAUAUUAUACCACAUAUGUAUCACAUUAAACAACAGUUUUAUAACUAUUUAUACAGACCUGAUUCGAAACAACAUUUCCUUAACCAAUUCAUUAGUACAUUUAAUUCUCUAAUGAAUGAAAUGCGUUCAGAUAAAGAGACCAAAGCUGAUUUACAUUGUCGAACAGAUGAUCUGCGUGAUACUUUAUAUGAAAUCAUUGAUGAAACAAAACAAGCUAAUGAAGAUCGUUUGAAAAUUCUACUUGAUAUACCUGGUUGGUUCACAGAUCAUCAAAGAUUGUUGAUUAAUUUAUAUUUAUCAUUAUUUCAAAUUGAAUUAACACGUUUUCAAGAGAAUGCACAAUUAGUAAAGGAUUAUUAUAACGUUAUGGAAGCUAGACCUCAAACGGUUGAAAAUGAAUCGAUUCAAGCUUUAGCGGGAACAAUCGACGCAAGUCACAUUGAAUAUACACGAAUACCAUUAAUUAAACUUCCUGAUGAAAUUGUCGAAAAUGAUGAUAGUUCCGGAUCGCGUAAAAGUACAUCAACAAGACAAAAUUCUUCAAGGUCUAGUUCAAAUAAAUUGAAUAAAUCUAAAUUAACGGAUUCAGGCAACACUGUUUUGUCAAAAUAUUCAACUCCAAUUGAUACGAAAUUUGAAAUUUUACCGAGUGAAUUUCGUAGUCAAAUUAAUUUAUUGAAUCAGAAUUCAUCAUUACAAGAAAUAUUUGCAGCAUUUAGUAAAAAUGGUUUACCUUUGAUUAGUCAGACUAUUUCAACCAAUCCACCAAAUCAGAAAGGAGCCAAAUCUGGUGCUGUUAAAGCAAAUUCAAUUCAAGAAAAAGUGACCCUGACAAAUCCAACUAAUCUUCUUCUAGACAAACCGACUCCAUCUACAGAUCUAUCAAUUCAAUUCUUAUAUAAUGUAUUUUUAGGUGUUAUGCAAACUAUUUUGAAUCAGGUACAAACAGAACGGAAGUCUAGAGCGAGUGAAGCUAUGUUGGAUGGUUAUACAGUGGAUUUAUUGCUUAAGCCUACAGAUACAAAAGGUGGCAAAUUAAGUUCAGCAGAUAAAAAUAAAGGUGGGCAACCUCGUAAAGGACAAAGAAAAUCGGUGGUACCUAAGGAAAAGGGAUCUAAACCUGAUGAACAAGCAACUACUCCAGUAGAACCAACUGAAGAAGAUCAAAAGGCUAGAGAAGUUAGGCAGCAUAUUAGAGAAGAACAUAUAGCUGCGCUAGAAAAAGAAGCCGCUAAAACUGCCUUUCGCUUAACAAUAAUAAGGGCUCAAGGAUCAGCCGUUCUAUCAGAUUUACAGGAAAAGUUUUCCCAGUUAAGGCAAUUUAUGACAGACUGUAUUGGAAUUAAAACACUCAAAGAACAUGAUGCUGUGAAUAACUCACUUGAAGUUAUUCGAUAUAUGAUUGAAAAAGAACAGAAACUUCCAGAAAAAAUGAUAUUAGACGGUGAACAAUUUUACAUUGAUGAAAGUGGUACUACUUCACCUAUUUCUAAUGAUUCAUUAUUGAUGGAAAAACUUCGAAUUAAUUCACCAGUUAUAAAUAAACCAAUUGAAUCCGAACCCCAAUAUUUUAAUCUUAGUCAGUUAAAAUAUCUAUAUGAUAAAUUUUCAACUCUUAGCCAAACAGGAUGUAUUGACGUUGUUAAUUUUCAAAGUAUAUUGAAACCAAUGCUUACAGAACGUUUUACUGAACUAACUGGCUCAUGUUCUACCGACACAUUAAAUGAAUUGUUAACAUGUAUUGUUUAUAAGUAUCGUUUAUUAUUUGAAACAAAUUCUGUGAAAAGCUCAAUUACUACUGAUAAUAACGAUUUGAUUAAAGUAAACAAUAUACAUGAAAAACACGUUUAUUACAUUGAUUGGCGUCAAUUUUUAUUAGCGGCUUGUCAGCCAGCUAUUACAUAUCAUCAUUCCACUGUAAUUACGCAAUCAAGUCUAGUGGAACUAUCACAAAGACUCAUGGAAUUAGAUCAAUCAGCCAAACACGAAAAUUUACUCAAUGUAAAAGUUACUCGAGCUCAAUUUCAAUUCGCUUCAUUUAAAUGGUUUCCAGUUGGAGUAAAGCAUUAUGAAGAAUUGCAUGAUUUCAUAUUCAGUAUGUUCACAAAGAAAGUUAUUCAAUCAAGAAUCAACGAAACGUAUCCUAAGACUGAUUCACAGAAUACAGAAACCUAUAUCAACUCUCAAAAUAACAAAACAUUGUCAAUGGAAGAAACAGUCGAUUGCUCAGAUCUUCUACUAAAUAUAUCACUUAUUCAAGUAAAAUCUCCUUAUGUCGGCUUUCUACGUUGUUUAUCAACACUUCUUGGAAGACAUGUUCCAUAUAUAUCUGUUCACAACCAACUAAUAGUAGAUCGCUGUGAUAUAGAAUACGAAGGAGUACCACAGGAUUGUUCUGAUGAUCCUAUACCUAAAGAAAUUUUGGAAAAGAUUUUAAGCUUUGGUCUAGUUAAUACAAACCAGCGUCGAACUGUUCAUGAUGAUCUGGAAACGUUUCAAGUUUUGGAUGCGUCUGAACCAGGAAAUUCCCUUAUAUCAGACAAACUUCAAGAUAUAUUUACGAGUCUUGAAAGUAAUGGUCAAUCAUCAACACUCAAGAAUUUAUUACAUAAUAUACAUUUUCAAAAUUUAUUGAUCAGUUCAUUAACACAAUUCAAAGGAAUAGCACCGUUUUCAGAGCCAUGGAUAACAGCAUUACAAACUUACUUUAAUAAUUCAUUUUAAUUAUAGAAAAGAUGAAACAAUUUAAAGGACAUCAAUGGCAAGACAAAUUAUCAACAACUUUCUGAACCAAUAUUGGAAAGCAUGAGUUUUUUUCUUAUCUUCACAUGUUAUUUUCACUUUAUUUAUUAUGGCAAAUUAUUUCAAUAAGAAGUUGUGCUACAUUUUCGGAUUAUCAAGGACAAUUUUUGCUAUUGUCACAAUUAUUCUACUAUACACGCUCUCGUUUCUCUAAAGUAUUGUAGUAAACUUUUUUUGAAUUUCAAAAUAAAUACAGAUAUGGUGACGAUUUUCUAA